AUGGCCGGCCCGGGCCGCACCUUCCCACUGCACCGGCUCGUCUGGGCGAACCAAUAGCGUGAACUGGAGGUGGCGCUGCACAGCCGCCAGCACAACACUGAGCAGAAAGACCCCCUGGGGUGCGCACACCGGAGCUGGCUGUGUCCCUGGGGUAACCUGGAAUCCAACAGGGUCCUGCUUUGGCACAAUGCCCACAUGGGCAAGGAGAGCUGGCAGAGCUGGGCAGUCCUGCAGGAGUCCAUCAGCACAGGGGACCAAGAGAUGGCACAGCUGGUGCUGCCAGAGCAGAACUUUCAGAGAGCUCCGGAUUUCUGUAUGGAGAUGAAGUGGGAAUUCGCCAGCUGGGAAACAAGUGCCGUAUCUGUGGGGUGGCGGUCAAAGAUGGAGACUGUCAGAGGUGGCGGUGAGAGGGUCUACGGUGCUACCAAUGUGGACCUGGUGACACGCACUUGCACACAGCACCUGUCGGAUCAGGACAAAUUGAGAAGCAAAGGGAACAAGACUCCACUGCAGUCCCUGCAGAUGGCCCAGCAACACUCCUUACACCCUCGGGUGAGCCAGGCGGCGCCAGGGCUGGCAGGGUGCCGGAUGGCCGCCAGCCCAACCAAGCCCACAGGCAUUUCCCCCAAGGAGUACUUGGACCCCAGCUUCAGCCCCAUUGAGGUGUCCAGCAGAGUACAGAGGUUCUGGGCAACGUUAUGGCUGAGCGAGGAGCACCCACUAUCCCUGGGUGGCCAGGCCACACCCAUCAUUGACCUCAUGGCCAUCACCAAUGCCCACUUUGCCAAACUAUGUGACUUCAUCAAGCUAUGCCUCCCACCAGGCUUUCCCGUCAAGAUCGUGGUCAGCCCUGGCCAUCUUCUGUUGCACAAUGCCCACACCACCUUCUGUAACCUAUGCGGCUGCGACGAGCGGCUGAGCUCCGUGUGGGCGCCGGCCUCCAGCCCACCCACAGCAGGUGCAGGUACUCCCUUUCCGUGUGAGGUGGACCCCACCGUGUCUGAGGUGCCUGUGGGGUACAGCAUGCUGGGCACGGAUCGGAGCGAGCCCCUGUGUGAGGAUGACAACAAGCUACUGCACAGAGACCGAGCAGGUGGGCUGUGGACCCAGGGGACCAUCUGGACUCUGCUGCCAGUGCAGGUGACUGUCUGGGAAGCACUGAGCAACACACGGCUGGACGCCCAGCCCCUGCCCCAGGCUGUGGCUACGAGGAGCAGCUGGAGCAGUGAGGCCCUCUCAGGACCCAUGGGACUUCUGCAACCACCUACUCUUCCGGGGCCCAUGGGGACACUGCCUUGA